CCCGGUAUUUACAAAGAGUAUUUUAUUUAUUCGUUAACAAAUGAAAAAAGCCUGUGUUUGUUUACCAAUUCUGUGCGCCUAAAAUCGACAAUUGCACCAUCGAUCAGAUAAACACGACAACGGAGAUAUUAUUGCGAAGAAAUGUCUUCAAGCGAGGCAACACUUUCACUGACUAUCGAAUUCGGGGGUGGGGCUGAAUUGCUGUUUGAUAAGACGAAAAAGUACGAAGUUGAGUUACCUGCUGGCGAGGAAUGGACUUUGAAACGUUUACUGAUCUGGAUAAAAGAUAACCUCCUGAAGGAGAGACCGGAGCUUUUUCUCCAAGGCGAUACAGUAAGACCCGGAAUUUUGGUGUUGGUGAACGAUGCAGACUGGGAAUUACUGGGCCAGGGUGAAUAUAAGCUGCAGCGGAAUGACACUGUGCUUUUCAUCUCGACGUUGCACGGUGGUUAAAGUUUCUUGAGCGCUCGGCAAAAGAAUAGGCAAUAGAGAGCAAGCUCAUCGUUACUUUUGAGCCAGCAGCAGCAGCAGCAGCAGCAGCAGCAGCAGCAGCAGCAGCAGCAGCAGCAGCAGCAGCAGCAGCAGCAGCAGCAGCACCCCUGCUGAGAUACUUUCGUUUGGAGGCCGUCAUAAAAUCUAGUGCAGAAAUAAACAACCCAGCAAGAAUAUGAACGCCGAUAAACGUACGUGCAGACCUACAUUAUGUUUUUUAUGGGGUGUCCAAUGAGUACCCCUUCUUCAUACUCUCUUAUCCGGCUUUUCAUCUUCGCUCAAAAAUUUUGAGCACUCGAUUAGUUAAGUCGUAUAACUUAUAGUGAUGAAGAAGUGCUGUUACUUUUUCAAACUGCCGUUCUCCGUUAUCAAUUCGCUCUGAUAAUAUAAUUAAAAUAUUAGAGUAUUAAAUUCAUGAGAGAAUCUUAAGGGGUUAAACCACUGUAGAGCACGAAAAAAUAGGCACAUUUCGGGAAUUUUUUUUUAUCAAUAAAGAGAUCAGUCGAUAUUUUGUAAAAUGGGAUUUAAAAUACUAAUAAUAAAAUACAGAGAAUAUAAUUUUUUAUUUGUUCAUGACAAAAUGGCGGCUGCGCAGCAUUUUUCCAUCGGCGCUUUUUUUAAGGUGUCCACGGCCGGAAAUCUAAAUUUUUGAUCUGGAUCAAAAAUCCAAUUUUUUUCAGAUUCUAUUGAACAACAGCAACAGGCGUACAUAGGAUUUUUUUUUCGAUUGAUUUUCGCGACAUGGUGCACUUUUGAAAAAAAGUUUAAUAUUUCAUGAAAAAAUGGUUACAAAAUUUUUUAUUAAAAAAAAGUAUGCAUUAUAAAGAAAAUUCUACGUACGUCGCUGGAGAAAGCAAUUUUGAAUGUAUUUUUAAAAUUUCAGAUUGAUUAGUGAGGAUGUGUUCGAGUUAAGAUUCCGGCCAGUUCAAAAAACAUUUUUUUCGCCCUCCGUCUUUUGGUAUAUUAUUUUGAAAACCCAAAAAUACAUUUUCAGCAAAAAAAUCAAUUUUUUAAAAAUUUUACAGUGGUUUAAAUCCUUAAAUUAAUUAGUGAAUAAUUCAAGUAGGACUUGUAACAGGGUUGCUAUAAGAUCUGGAAAAUCUGUAAAAGUUCUGGAAAACCAGGAAAAUUCGUGGAAUUUCGUAGAAACUUCAAAGUCUUAAUAACUAAGAAAUUGUUAAGACCUUUAAUUUUGUGCAUUGAUAUUUUUUCACAGGACGAACAAACAAAUUUUUAGCUAGAAGUUUUCAAAUGUGAAAUUUUCAUAGAAGUAUAGAACCAUGUGUUCCCCAAGAUCUCUAUAUUGAAAAUGUGAUAACCGUAGGAAAAUUAUUUUGUGCAAUAGAAGGGAAAAAAUGCUCCUUACCCAAUUUUCCAUCCCAUAAAUUAAAAAAUAUAUUAUUAAAAAAAAAACGAAACUAUAGUAGAGACUUUUUCUGUUCUGUCAAAUAUAUGGAUUGUAUUUAAUAAUAUGCUAAAAUUUCGAAAAAUGUUUGCUCGGAGAUUAAAGAGUUUUAUAAAAAUAUAAGACUGACAACCGGAUAAGGACCAAAAAUAAUUUUUUUUUAAUGUUACUUGAUAUAAUAUCUAGCCAAAGCGAUGGAAGUAUAUGGCCAUUAUUUAUUUUUAUUUUUUUUUAUUUUUGUCUUUGACGGCGGAAAACUCAAAUAAUCCUUAUCCAGUCGCCCGUCUCAUAAUUUAAAAACCAGUUUUUCUGAAUGAAAGGCGAAACAGUUUUUACAUAUUUUUUUAAAUUACUUGAAAGCGUUACCAAGAUUAUCAAAAACCGAAUUUUAAAGAACAGAAACAGGAUAUUUUUUAGUAAAUGUUGAAAAAAUCUUUAAAAAUACCAAUUCAAAAAAGUCAAAUUGUGUUAUAGAAUUGCAAAAAAAAGAUGUUUAUAGUAACAUUAGGGAGGGUUGUUUGGAAUUAAUUAUUUAUUGAAAAGCCCUUUGCAUUCCCUGAUG